UCCGAACGCCAAAAUUACGACGAUGCUUCGUCAGUAUCGUGAUCUCCUUCCCAGUCAAGCAUUGAAACUCUAUUUGUCAUGCUGCUUCACUAGUGACCAAUUCCAUUUGUGUGUGCAUCCGCAGAAGAAGACGAUGGGUUCGUGGCUCAUAUCCCUUGCGGCCAUGUUGCUCAACGCCUCGAAGCCUAUUCUGCCACCACGAACCUCCACCUCCAAUGAAUCUGAGUCGGAUCCCUGUAAAAGGUUCACUCGCGCAGACGUCGCGGGACAAAUGUUAACUGUCCGAGAAUCAAGAAUCGAUCAAUGGACACCUGAGAGCGCGGGGAACAUUUGGGAGAUGAGUGGACUUUUCGAGGGUGACAUUAUGGUAGAUCCAAAAGAUCUCACUCGUAAUGCAGUCAACAAUACUUCGAAGCGGUGGCCUAAAGCCGUCGUCCCCUACGCAUUUCAUCCAGAUUUCCCAAAGGAAGGAAGAGAUAUGGUGCUGAAAGGGAUGAGCGAGUUGGAGGCGGUAACGUGCGUUCGGUUCAAAGCCUACCAGCCGGAGGCGCACGAUUCCUGGGUGGAGAUCCAGGGCCCGAACAACACGCGUCGCUGCUCAUCGGCGGUGGGUCGGAAGGGCGGUAAGCAGAAGCUCAUGUUAGCCCCCCGGUGCUACGCCCACGGAUCCGUCGUCAUCCAGCACGAGCUCCUGCACGCACUCGGGUUCUACCAUCAGCAUUCGGCCAUGGAGAGAGACCAAUAUGUCAGCAUCCGCUGGAAGAAUAUUGAUAAAGCAAGUAUAGGUAACUUCUGCAGCCGGACGACAGAAAACUUUGGUGUGGAUUACGAUUACGCAAGUAUCAUGCAUUACAGCCCAGUGGCUUUCACCACCAACGGCGAAGAAACUAUCGUCCCGCUCAAGCGAGACCAAAAGGCUCAAGCGAUGGGUCAAAGGCAAAAGUUAAGUGCGGAAGACAUACUUAAAGUUCAGAAGAUGUAUUCAUGUCAGACCUAAUGCUCAAUGGAGCCCCCUACCUCCCAUUUUCUGAUUUUCCACAAAAUGUCUUAAUUUUCGGAUUUGGAUCGGAUCGUGGCGCUCAUGAUUCUUCAUCGCCAUCAUUACAUUAGUUGGUCGAUAAACGCCAAUUUUAAACAAUCAACAAAAUGAGUUCCAUGUAAGAGGGAGAUACACAAUACGCAAUGCAAUGAAAAAUUAUAACUUAUUUCAAUUUUA